AUGCUUGAAUCUGUAUUUAUAUUUAGUUGGCCAAAUUUGAAAUCAAUCACCGAAUUGAGUUCCUUCGAUCGCCUCAGGCAUCUCAUAAUAAUCAAUUGUCCAAAUCUGGAGUUAUUUCCUGACCACGUGUUGCCGAAACUCAAUGUGUUAACACAUCUGACAAUAAUAGAUUGUGAAAGUGUUGAUGCUUCUUUUCCUUGUGGGCUUUGGCCUCCAAAAUUGUGUUCACUUAGUAUAGGGGGGCUGAAGAAGCCCAUGUCAAAGUGGAGCCCACAGACUUUUCCAACCUCACUUGUGGACCUAUAUUUAAGAGGUGGACAGUCGGAAGAUGUGAGUAAUUUCAGUCAGUUGUCCCAUCUUCUUCCUUCAUCUCUUAUACAUCUUAGUAUAAAUAAAUUUGAGAAAAUGGAAUCAGUUUCAAUGGGACUCCAACACCUCACCUCCAUCCAGCAUCUAGUAAUUUCCAACUGUCCAAAGGUGAUGGAUCUACCAGAAAUGUUGCUGCCUUCACUCUUGAGUUUGAGAAUAUGGGAAUGCCCAAAUCUGAAAGAAAGGAUUAGUAAAAGAGGCUCCUACUGGCCCCGAGUCUCACGUAUCCCUCAAACUUACAUACCCUGA